GAGUUGGGUCGAGGAGGAGUGAGUUUUAGAGGCGCUCGGCUAGCAGGACCUGCGCCUGCAGAGAGCGUGGCCGCCCGGGCUCCUAGCCUCCUCCACCGCGCGCUCCGCGUGUCCGCUUUCAGCACCGGAGCGGAGAACAGUUCCCAGCAGCCCGCAGCGCUGCCCGGCGCCGCCGCCCUCACCUGCCGCCACCCGGGGGCUCGGGCCCCCUGAAAACCCGCCGGGCACGCCGCCCUCUCCUUCUGUGGGUGCGCUGCUGAGCACCGGUGAAGCAUCCGGCGGCCUCGGGGAGCGCUGAACAAGUCCAAGCAGAAUGUACCAGGGACACAUGCAGAAAAGUAAAGAACAAGGAUAUGGAAAACUAAGCAGUGAUGAAGACCUCGAAAUAAUUGUUGAUCAAAAGCAGGGAAAAGGCUCUAGGGCGGCAGAUAAGGCUGUUGCCAUGGUGAUGAAGGAGAUACCGAGGGAGGAGUCUGCUGAAGAAAAGCCCCUCCUAACUAUGACAUCACAGCUGGUGAAUGAGCAACAAGAAAGCCGGCCCCUCCUGAGUCCCUCCAUUGAUGAUUUUCUAUGUGAAACCAAAUCGGAGGCAAUACCAAGACCAGUCACGUCCAAUACAGCCGUAUUGACCACAGGCUUAGAUCUCCUUGACCUGAGUGAACCAGUCUCUCAAACUCAAACCAAGGGCAAGAAAUCGGAACCUUCAUCAAAAACUUCAUCUCUCAAGAAAAAGGCUGAUGGACCUGACUUCAUCAGUGCAGAUGCUGAGCCAAGAGGCCAGCCUCUCCGAGCCUCAGAGACUUCAUCAUUAGAUUUAGACAUUCAAACUCAACUGGAAAAAUGGGAAGAUGUGAAGUUUCAUGGAGAUCGAAGCAGCAAGGGGCAGCCAAUGGCAGAGAGAAAAUCAUGCUCAUCCAGAACUGGAUCAAAAGAGCUCUUAUGGUCCUCAGAGCAUAGAUCUCAACCAGAACUGAGUGGUGGAAAAAGCGCUCUCAACUCAGACUCGACUUCAGAGUUGGAAUUAGUGGCUCCAGCCCAGGCUCGACUGACAAAAGAACAUCGCUGGGGAAGUGCACUACUCUCUCGAAACCACUCCCUAGAAGAGGAAUUUGAAAGAGCAAAAGCAGCAGUGGAGUCAGAUACAGAGUUUUGGGACAAGAUGCAAGCAGAAUGGGAAGAAAUGGCAAGGAGAAACUGGAUAUCCGAGAACCAAGAAGCCCAGACUCAAGUUACAAUCUCAGCUAGUGAGAAGGGCUAUUACUUUCACACUGAGAAUCCCUUCAAGGACUGGCCAGGAGCGUUUGAAGAAGGUCUGAAGAGAUUGAAAGAAGGGGACCUGCCAGUCACCAUCCUGUUCAUGGAGGCAGCAAUUCUUCAGGACCCCGGAGAUGCCGAGGCGUGGCAGUUCCUCGGGAUAACACAAGCCGAGAAUGAAAAUGAACAAGCAGCCAUUGUCGCCCUCCAGAGGUGUUUAGAAUUGCAGCCUAACAAUUUGAAAGCUCUGAUGGCUUUGGCUGUGAGCUAUACCAACACUGGCCACCAGCAAGAUGCGUGUGAUGCUCUCAAGAACUGGAUUAGGCAAAAUCCAAAGUACAAAUACCUUGUGAAGAGCAAGAAAGGAUCUCCUGGUCUCACUCGGCGGUUGUCCAAGACCCCGGUUGACAGUGCUGUUCUGGAAGGAGUGAAAGAGUUAUAUCUGGAAGCUGCCCACCAAAAUGGAGACAUGAUUGACCCAGAUCUACAGACAGGGCUGGGAGUUCUUUUCCACCUGAGUGGAGAAUUUAACAGAGCAAUUGAUGCAUUUAACGCUGCCUUAACUGUCCGGCCAGAGGACUAUUCAUUAUGGAACCGUCUCGGGGCAACGUUGGCCAACGGAGACCGCAGUGAGGAAGCCGUGGAGGCCUACACGCGAGCACUGGAGAUCCAGCCAGGCUUCAUCCGCUCCAGAUACAACCUGGGCAUCAGCUGCAUCAACCUGGGAGCCUACAGAGAAGCGGUCAGUAAUUUCCUCACCGCCCUCAGCUUGCAAAGGAAGAGCAGGAAUCAGCAGCAAGUUCCUCAUCCUGCAAUCUCUGGGAAUAUCUGGGCUGCCCUCAGGAUCGCGCUGUCUCUGAUGGACCAGCCGGAACUCUUCCAGGCGGCUAAUCUUGGUGACCUGGAUGUUCUCCUAAGAGCAUUCAACUUGGAUCCUUGAAGGAAAAGAAACCAAUAAAAAAUAAUAAUAAUACUCCGUCAUCUGUAUAACCAUAUCGAGAAAU